AUGCCAAUUGAUUACUCUAAGUGGGACAAGAUUGAACUUUCGGACGAUUCCGAUAUUGAGGUUCAUCCAAACGUCGAUAAGAACUCUUUCAUCAAAUGGAAACAAAGAGAUAUUCAUGAAAAGCGUCAGCAAAGAAACAUCGAGAUCAAAUCAAUCUUGGUUCAGUUGACGAUGUAUGCCAAAUUGAAUACCAGAGUUGACUAUCUCUUGGCCAAUCUUAGUCCCAGCCAGUUUUUAGACAAUGAUGUUGUCUUUUCUAAACUCAACAGUCAGUUUGAUAAAUCAGAAAAGUUCGACUAUAACCGCUUGAUUGCAGAAAAAGGUGAUGAUUUAAGAAAAGGAUUGAAGGACUUAAAAUUUGACGAAGAAGAAAUUCAGAAUACCCCCCCAUACAAUGAGAUGGUGGAAGACUUAUUUGUUCAAGUCAAAGAAGAUCACGAAAGUGCUCAAACCGAUGGAGAAUUAUUGGCAAAGCUCAUAAAGGACCACAGAAACAAGAUUGAUGACAUUUUAUCCAAGCAAACCAUCAAAUUGGAUGAUUUAUUGAACCAGAAAGCCCAGUUGAUCAGUAGUGACGACAUUCAUACUGGAUUUGAUAGAUCGUUCUUGAAUAAAGACAAGGAGGAAGAGGUAAAAUCCGAAGAAAAGCCGAAGGGUACCGAAAAGCAAACUGUGGUAGAAACUAUCAACAACCCUACACAGCCAGUUACCCAAAGUACAUCUGCUGUACAAGAGUAUGAUGACUUGGUCUUACUUCCAGCUACUGAAGAGUUCUCCAAGAUUUCCAGCAAGAGUAUUACUGAUAGUGCCGAAUUUUUGUUCAAGCACACUAACAUCUGCUCCGAAGCACAGAAAGAUGCUCUUAUAAUGACAGCAUUUGAUUCUCAAUUGGAAGGAAAUAGUACACGUGCUAAGCAAAUUAUCCAUCAAUCUUUAUUAUUACAGUACGUCGCCCAAUUGGCUGGACCAAAGCCUUCCAAGGAUCAAACAAUCAAGGCGAUCAAAUUAUUCUGUUCAAAGAUUAGCGAUUCGGGUUCUCCUGCUAGUGCCGGCUUUAAUCAAGAUGUGGAAAAUACGUUCAAUCAUAUCAAGACUAGAUGCGAAUACCUCAAAAACGAGCAACAAGUUGGAUCCCAAAAUGAAGAGGAAAUGAUCCAGUUGAAAGCACUUGACGAAGGUACUGAAUUGAUAGUAAACUUACCAGCUGAAGGAACGCCAGAAUAUGAAAUUUUCUCCACUUCAUUACCUAAGGACCUCCAAGAAGCUGUGAAGACCGAGUCUAUCGAUGAAGUUAACAAAAUAUUUGCCACAUUAAAGGUUGAAGAAGCAGAAAAGAUUUUGGAAGUGUUCAAUCAAUGUGGAGUCAUUGGAAUUAAUGGCUAUUUCGAAGAUGAAUCUGAGUUCAAAGAAUUGCAACAACAAUACAACGAAAAUUUGGAAAUUCAGGAUUCAAAGGCACAAGAAGAACAGCAUUUCAAUACUGUUGAUGAGGUGGAUUAA